UAGAGUAUAGGGAAACUCGAAUUAAUACUAGUAUUAAAAUGCUUUAGUCUUUUUAGUUUAAUUUGGAGUUGAGAUAAAAUUUAAACUUCUUUAACAUUAUGUAACGCGAAGAAGACGUUAUCUGCACGCGUGGCCCAUCUCCGUCGAAGGGAGGAAUUGAGGAUUUUUCAAAGGAAAAUACGAAGUGGCUGUUAAGGAUGUUCUGUGUGGGAAGGAGGCGUCGUCGGUCAAUACUGUAGGUGGCUCGGUGCAGGCCACGUGCGCAGGCGUGCUCGCUACCCCGCCCCCCGCGGCCCGUCGCCCGCACUCGCCCCGCGCGACCUGCCCGCACGUCUCACCGACAUCUCGAACUCGCGAGUCGACCGCCGUGCGUUUCGAUCGCGCCCGUACAGCUCCUCUACUAGUCAUUCGAACCAUGUGAAUGUUUUCAUCACAGGACCAACGAUCUCCCGUAACCCACAUCUGACGUGGAUUUUUUUCUAAAACAUUAACUCCCCCCAAAUCCCUGGACUUUAUCGGACAGCUUUCGCUGUGUGUCAAGUUUUUCUCGUAAGCUUGUGGCCGUUGACACUGCAUCGUGUGGAACCUGCAGUGCGUGAGUGUGUGCUUGAUUGGCGAUUGUAGAGGCGUCAGCUGAGUCGCGUAAACAUUCCGAGCUUUGGGUCUUGAGUUUGGCAAAACCAUGCCGAUGGCUAGGGCACCGCUAUAACCGCAGUUAAAGAAUCUGGCAGGAACCAUGUGGGCUCUUAUUCUACUGCUGUUCACAGGUUCCGCUUGUGCAGUAGAAGUCCAUUUCGAGAAUAAAGAUAGUGGAUUUUUUCUAAAGCACACGGCGAGAUGGAACGGCGCUGGUCCUCCGCCGGAGCCUAUGGGUACUGCACUGCCAGGAGCGCUCCUUUCCCUUGACCGGUUCACGGUGCUACAAGGAUCUGCGCCGGCGUCAGUCAGAGCAACAUACGGACCGUUUUCUACGAAGCAAACUGUUCCCGCUCGGUAUGCAGUACCAGACCCUUUGGAACCACCUCGCAGAAACGCCACGUUACUGGAACUCCAAGAUGCGACUGCACACAGGCUAGAUGUAUCCGCGCAUCUGGUGUUCCGAGAGCUACCUCGUGAUGCACCAGUGCUAAGAGUGCUGUUCCAUACCGGCGGGGAAGGAGGUGCUCGAAGGACGGCUACUAGAUCGCGAAGAGUGUGCAUUACUCUUCACGCGAAUCUUGGAACGAAGACGCUAACGGCAACCUGUGGUCCAGAAGGAGAGGAAGGCGCGUGUCUCGCUGAGUUAACUGUGCCAGCAGCCUGGUGGCCUAACGAUGGGAAGGGAAAAAGACCACCGAGGACUGUUAAAUUGGCCUACAGUGCGGCAGAGGCUAAUAACCCGGAGAGCGGUGAUGGAAUAUGUGGGAAAGUGUCUGUGCAGCCGGCUUGGCCAUUGGGUACUGUGACUCUGGUUGGCGCUCGUGCAGGAUACAGGGAGGCCCACGCUGGUGAUACUGCUUUGCUGCUUCCGCGUGCACCACUGUAUCCACAUUUCCGAAUGCACAUUCCAUUUGUCGUAAGACGCGACGCCAGUCAUUCAAUCGGCCAUGUUGUUAUAAGGUUGAAAGUGAAGUCUGGUUUGCGGCUUGUAAGCGUGACAGCGGCGAACUCACACUGGGCUGUCACGGCGGAGAUGAAGCCCCGGUCAGCCACCGUCACGGCGACACGUCUAGAGCAGCCUCUACGGGACGAUAGUGGUCUCGACUCCGAUUAUGAAGAAACCAGCGGUGCCGGUGGUCCAGGGUGGGAAGAAAUUUUGACUUGGCUGGUUGAAGUUGGAGCCGAGGGUGAAGGUGACACAGAAGGUUCAGAAGGCGAGUCAGGCCGAGGAACUGCUCGUAUCAGCUGGUCUGCCAAGGUGUCGUCGUCAUCGAGUGGGACUUCGACUACGGAAGAGAUUCCUCACGAGCAUCGGGUCAACACGCGCUUGGAUAUUGAGAAGGACGACAUACAGGCGGUUCUACCCAUAUCAAAGAAUUGGGAGGUGUUGAAUACAGCGGUGCUGACUGGUCGCCAAGUUUCUCAAGCGAUGAAAGUCCUUAUAGUUUCACAGGCAGGUCAAGUCGCCGACGUUACUCUUCAGAGCUCUUGCCAUUCCGAAGACGAGAGCGUCCUUAAGGUUUCAUCGUCGUGCAGCUCCGUCUACGUGGACGGAUCGGAAAUUCGUGGCUCAUCCAAUGCCUCCGUCAUCGUAAAAUAUGGGACGUAUACUGGAAUGGCAACAUUCACAGUCUGGAUGCCUGAAUACCCUCUCGAAAUUGAUGUCGACGAUAACCGCCUUUCUCAAGUUAAAAGUUGGAAAGUUUUAGAUGAAACCAACGCCAAGGACAGAAUGAAACGUUCUCUGUCUACGAGAGGGUGGGGUAGCACGAGGUCUGAGGGGCCGAAUGCUCUGACAGAUCAGCGUUCUUGCAGACUUAGAUAUCAACAGAGCAAUGUAGAGGUGUAUGCACGGUUCCUAGCAAAGGAUCACGACUCCGGCCGUGUGUCAUACUUCGUAUCACGUCGAACUUGGCUCAAGGUGACCGAACUGGUGCUGUCGCUGAUGCGGGUUUCAGACCCGCGUAUUGCCUCGCUGAGAAACCGUGUCCUGCAGGGUCGAAGUACUGGACGCACCGAAGUACAAGUACUGUCGCCAAUCACAGGACGCGUAAUUGGCCUGCGCGAAGUACGCGUGGUAAACGAUAAAGUUUCCAUAACCCGAUUGUUAGUUCGAGUCAUUUCCGGAUUGCAAUUAAACAUUUCACCCGAUACAGCGAUUGAGAAUGGAUAUGUAUCAGAAACUACUGUUACCAGGAGACUGACAGCACAAUAUCAGGAGGGUCUUCUAGACAUAGACAUUGAGUUUUCCGAUGGGACCCAUACAGCUCUGCGUGAUGUGGCCACUUCGGACUAUCACCUUCUGGUCGAGAGCUUGGAUAUUGAAGUCGUGGCCUUUGCGCCCAUGCUAGCCUCAGUGCAUCCCCGAGUAAUUGCAGUUGGCGAAGGUAGCGGAGAGUUACUGCGUGUUACUCUUCUAACUCCCGACCAAUGCCGAUCGGGACCGAUACGUCGUGUGGCAUUGCCUGGCAAAGGCGACACCAAGACACCAGCAAAUAUAAAGAACAUCCCUGGAGCUCUGGCGACCGCAGCCGCCGGCGUGGAUGUUGACUUCAGCGGUAGUGACGCACCACAGAGACCAGACACGCCACAGAAUGACGACAUUAUGGCGAGAGGCGGAAUUAGGACAGGAAUGAACGAUCUACAAGAUCUGCUGAAGGACAUAUCCCGGAUAAAGGACGAGAAUAAUCAUAAUCCCACAGUGCAAGCACAACAGUACGGCUCCAUACAUCGUCCGAACUCUUUGCAACAUCCACGCCAUAUUGUACAGAAGAACGAAUCGCAGGUACAAAUCGGCAUGACCGUGCUACUGGGCGCCUUCUGUUUAGCUAUCAUGGUUUUCGUGGUAUCUUGCAUGGUCUAUGCUUACCGGUUAAAGAGAGUUAACAGUUUCAAUGGAGGUGAUUGUCACAAUAAUACAUCGGCAAUUGAAAGUGGACGUAUACAAGUAACAAAUUUAGUUGGAACCACACUCGGCAUCGCCAAAGAAAAAGCAACAAGGGAAUCAACCACAAACGCACACGACUGGGUCUGGCUUGGGAGGGCAACUAUGGAGAAGAAUGGAAACCGCCAUCCAGUGAACAGGAAUUCAAUGCAGCCAUGCGAUAAUGGAAACAAUAAUCAAGAAAUGCGCAUAACCUCAAAUCCCCUCAAUUACAAUUAUGUAGACCCCGAUGACGCAAUUCGUGACAAUGGCAACGUAAUGGUGACAAGCUUUGACAACCCUAACUCAAUUGAACUGCCAUCACAAAAUGAGAAAAGGGUUAUCGACUCUACCACUUACUGCAAGAAACCUGCGAAGCAUACGCGGCAAAACUCCGGAGACGGUCAUUGGCAUGGAGACUCUAACAACCAAGAAGAAUAUCGACCUCCUGUUCCUCCGCACAGAAACACAACAAAUCAAUCUCAAGUUCCAGUGCCACCUCGCAACUUCAAUAAAAUUUUGCCAGACACAGUUAUGCCACCUUCCCGACGUAGUCACUCCAGAAAUAAUAAGAAACACGAACAGCCUGAACCAACCAAAAAAUCCCCAGAGAUUAAUCGUCGGUCAGACAGAGUUAUUAAUUUAAAUAAAUCCGAAAUGCCCUACAUGUCGAAUCGAGAACUAAAAGAUGACUAUAAACGCGACUCUUAUCCACUCCGUCUGCGCAACAACUUUGACGAUCCCAUGGAAAACCUGAAUAAAGAUGACUGUGCUAAAUUAUUUGAGUUUGAUAAUGAUGCUCCGCUUAUUAUGGAAAACAAGGACUUUAGAGAAAUAGUUGGGCUUAACAGAGGAACUGACGACUCACGACGGACUUUCACAAAGCCGGCUAGUCCAGACUACAUGCUCGACUCUGGAAUUGGUUUACCUGACAUGCAAAUACGACACAAAAGUAAGUCCAAGGAAAGUAAUAACAAGGGAGAUUUUGUUGAGCUGCCAGGUCAAAAUAAAGGGAAUGGGUCCUCGGAAGUUAAGCGAGCUACGAUUGUCGGAAACCCGAUGUAUUCCCGUGGCGAAGAGUCCGAAGGGCGAGUAGAUGCUCCAGUGGAGUCCCUUGGCCUCGACGACUUGCACAUGGAUUAUGAUCAGAUCAUGCAUUAUUUCCAUAACCUUAAGGAAUCAAACGCCUGAGUAGAGCUGAUCAUUGCAAAGAUCCGGCAGAUAUUGUCUACGUUUAAUUAUCAGCAUAUCAGCAAAGCUACAAUCGACGUAUACAAUGAACCCUCAGUUACCACCGGGGUAGCCGCCGGGCUAGAAGAUGCUACUGUUGAUACACACAACAACCAACAGCCUAAUUACGAUACGCACAUCUAUGAAAACAUCGAUAUUAGUGUUGCACCAACUAAAAUGCUAUGCGAGUCGAUCGCUCAUAAAAAUAAUUUUAUGAAAACACAACUUAAGUUUCUUCUGGAACACUUAAGCGAAUCGUAUGAGUAAAGUUGUUGCUGGUCAAUGUAUUAUCUUCUAGACAAUAUGUGUCUAAAAUUGGAUCCUUGCAGUGAUCGAAAACGAUUAAAAAAAACUCCUUUGAACGUAUACUUAUACUAACGUUUUACGUAUUUACUCUAGUCAUCAACAAAGUUGCACAUAUAGUUUGGUGUUAUUACGACGUACUUAUGUGCAUGUAGUUAAUACUCGGAACAAUAUAAUAUAUUAUGUACCAUGUUUAUAUUGUUGUAGAUAGUGGUGUACCUACACGCGUUAUUUUGUCGAUAAAAUUAAAUUAUUCUAUUGUAACCUUAUUGGUAUUAUCAAUUCGCCUAAUUACUCGAGCUUUUAGCCGUUGAAAUUAUUAAAAUACCAUAUGUUACAAUUUUUCAAUAUAGAAUGUACAUAAUUUGCUAGAUGAUGUGAAACCGCUACCUCACUUUAAGUAUAGCUUAGCAUUAUUAUCAUGUGCAGAUUUAAUAUAAGAGCAAUUAAUGCAUGUGUCAGUACUCACGUGAGCAAAUAAUAUUACAGAUUAGUACAUUUCCUUAUAUCCGAUUUUAC